AUGGAUCUGUCGUUUAUGGCCGCGCAGAUUCCGGUGAUGACGGGGGCCUUCAUGGACUCCUCCCCCAUGGACGACUACAGCGGGGAGCACUCUCUGUUCAACUCGUCGGCGAACGUCCACGCGGCGGCCACGGCGUCGGCACAGGCCCAGCCGGAGGAGUCCCAGAGCAUGUCCUCUGACGCCAUCUGGCUGUGGAUCGCCAUCAUCGCCACCAUCGGCAACAUCGUGGUGGUGGGCGUGGUCUACGCCUUCACCUUCUGA